AUGCCGUGCAACCGUUUUGUUGCACGUAUCGUCGUCUUCGACAUCGUCGUGCCAAUCAUGAAGGGGACAAAAGGCGAAUUAUACUGCCAUUCACUUUGUGAGCCAUGCACAGUGGUCAAACUAAUCUCAUCAAUCAACAAGACAAAUGGUGAAGUAAUCAAGGAGCGGCCAAGAUGCUUAGCAAAGCAAAUGAGUGGCUUGGUGGAAAUCGAAACAGAACGUGAAGUAGCAAUCGAUACGUACACAAAUUGCAAGGCACUCGGUCGAAUCACAGUCCGUGCCGGUGGUCAAACGAUUGCAGCAGGAAUUGUUGAACGGAAGUUAAGCUGA